GCUACACUUUGUGGGCAAAUAGAGUUGAUAUAUUUGGAGUUUUGCAACAAUUCAGCAUCCUGUGGAUUGGUAUUCAAACAAAAGUCGAUUUAAUGUAUAAAAUCGAUCCAUUGUUGAAUAUUUCGAGGAAAAUACGCUAUAGUUAUAUAGUGACGGCACUGUUUCUUGGCUUUUCGUAUGCAUUACGGCCAGUUAUCAUUAUGUUAACUACCUACGUUGGAACAACAUCAGGAUCAAAUAAUACGAUUGAUUGUUCAAUUACUACCUGGCCAAUAGAGUACCCGUUUGUCCAUCAAACGAUCAGUCGGUACAUUCCAUUGUUAAUGUAUGAAAACUUGAUCAAUCAUUUCGCCGCUUCAUACCUGAUAUGUGAUGCUCUGUACAUUCAGCUAACGACGUAUCUAGCUAUCAAUUUUAUGAAAAUUGAAUUUACAUACAACCCUGUUUUUCUUGCUACAAUAGUAUUCAAUGGAAUAAAUUUAUGUUUAUGUGUCAUUAUUGUUGAUAAAGAAAUAUCAGAAGGAGAGUGGACACUUUUAAUGAAGAGUUUAAUACAUGCGGCUGUGCUUGCAACACAGAUUUUUAUUUACUGUGAUUUUUCACAUACGGUUACGGAGACGAUCGACAGUAUUCCAAUAUCCCUUUACGAUUCUGAAUGGGUCGAUAGUACUAUUAAAUUUAAAAAAAUGUUGGUAAUAAUAUUGAUGCAAGCGAGUAAACAAUAUAAAUUUACAGCGUACAAUAUUAUUUUUCAGACUACGAUGAGUUACUUCACACUACUGAGGAAUUUUACU